AUGAGCGAUGCUCCUCUAGAGGAUCCAAUCGAGAAGAAAUUUACGGGAAAUCUCCCACCUUAUCCUCAACACUUGCCUGCCAAGUCAAAAUCGGUUUCACCAUCCGAAGUUUCCGAAUCCAAUAACAAUGAGGGGAACAGUGAAAUGGCCCCGAAAAAAGCAUCGCGAAUCAGUUUCAACACACAUCAACUGACGGAGCUGGAAAAGGAGUUUCACUUUUCCCAUUACCUCACUCGAACGCGCCGCGACGAGAUUGCCAGUGAGCUGGGGAUCUCCGAGACACAGGUCAAAAUUUGGUUCCAGAACAGGCGUAUGAAACUCAAGAAGCGCCUCAAAAGUGACCGGCACUUCUAA